UAUUAUUAUCUCUCCUCUCUCAUAUAUAAAUAUAAUUAUAUAUAAUAUAUAUGUAUGUAUGCAUAUAAAGGUGAUAAGAGAUAGUUUCACUUGGCUUUUAUAAAUCUUGAUCUCCACCAAAACAAUGGAGAGAAAGACUUCAAUGCCAAUGGCUAUGGUUUGGUGCUUUCUUGUUUGUUUGGCAUUUGUUACAACCUGUUCUGCUGAAUCAAAAUCUUCAUUUGAAGAUAAUUUCAGUAUCAUGUGGUCUGAAAAUCAUUUUAAGACAUCUGAAGAUGGUCAGAUCUGGUAUCUUUCCUUGGAUAAUGACACAGGUUGUGGAUUCCAAACAAAACAAAAAUACCGAUUCGGGUGGUUUAGUAUGAAGCUAAAGCUCGUUGGAGGUGAUUCUGCUGGAGUUGUCACUGCUUACUACAUGUGUACAGAGGAUGGUGCAGGGCCAACAAGAGAUGAGCUUGAUUUUGAGUUCUUAGGGAACAGAACCGGCGAACCAUAUUUGAUUCAGACCAACGUUUACAAAAAUGGGACUGGCAACAGGGAGAUGCGACACAAGCUUUGGUUUGAUCCAACUCUUGAUUACCACACUUAUUCCAUCUUAUGGAAUUCCCAUCAGAUCAUAUUCUUUGUUGAUCAAGUUCCGGUCAGAGUAUAUAAGAAUGCAGACUAUGAGAACAACUUCUUUCCCAAUCAGAAACCAAUGUACUUGUUUUCAAGUAUAUGGAAUGCUGAUGAUUGGGCAACCCGAGGGGGUCUUGAGAAAACAGAUUGGAAAAAGGCGCCAUUUGUUUCUUCGUACAAAGACUUCACUGUAGACGGGUGUCAAUGGAAAGAUCCAUAUCCGGAUUGCGUUUCAACCACAACGGAACAUUGGUGGGAUCAAUAUGAAUCAUGGCAUCUUACAAAAGACCAAAAGUUGGACUUUGCUUGGGUUCAGAGGAAUUUAGUGAUAUAUGAUUAUUGCAAGGAUACAGAGAGGUUUCCUACAUUGCCUGAAGAGUGCUCGUUGAGUCCAUGGGAUUAAAUGGUUCCAAUUUUUGGAGUUUAUAAUGUAUUAUUUGAUUCAAUUUUUGUUGCUAAAGUUCAUGCUUAUAGUUUUUUAUAAAUACGAAAAGGUGGUCAUGGGAGAAUUUUUUUUUUUA